CGACCUUGUCGUUUACUCAAGUGUCGGCACGCAACCACCCGACGAGACAGGCAUAGCGGAAGGCUCCUUUCAAGCAUGCAUCUGAUCCAGAGCCUCGUGUGGGCUCUCCCAUUGGCACUGCCACUCGUGGCUGCCGAUAUUGAGGAUGUCGGUGACAAGCCCCGCAAGUUCGAAUACACCAUCACUUGGGAAAAGGGGUCCCCGGAUGGUUUCGAGCGUGAGAUGGCCUUCAUCAACGGAAGGUUUCCUGGGCCGGUCGUUGAGGCAAACCAGGGAGACAACAUAGAGAUUGUCGUCACCAACCAGAUGCCUUUCAACACAACCAUCCACUGGCAUGGUAUUGAGCAAAAAGGUACCCCGUGGUCAGAUGGCGUACCGGGCCUCACGCAGCGCUACAUCAUGCCCGGCAAGAAUUUCACCUACAAGUGGAAGGCGGAACAGUACGGCAGCUAUUGGUACCACGCCCACGCACGCGGCCAGAUUGACGAUGGCUUGUACGGCGGUAUCCUCAUCCACCCGAGCAACACCACGCAAGACUCGCUCAGCCUGAUCGCCCGGAACGCCUCCCAGCUCGCUGCGAUGCGGACCGCCGUGCGCAACGUUCAGCCCAUCAUCCUCUCCGACUGGCGACACCUCAAGUCCAUGGAUGCCUGGCAGAUAAACGUCGACUCCAAGCUCGAGACGCCUUGCUACGACUCCCUUCUCGUCAACGGCAAGGGCCAGGUCAACUGCUGGUCUCAGCAAAAGAUUAACCAGCUUACGAACGGCAUCCAAAGACGAUUCCUGCAGACUGCCAACAUGCAGCAGAUGACCGCCAAGGGAUGUCUCCCAGCCAAGGCUGUGCAAAUGACCUUUGCCCGGAACAUGCCCGGAAACCUCUCGGCGAUUCCCAAGGAGGUCUUUGAUGUUUGCACACCAACCCAGGGUCAGCAAAGUGUUAUCAAAGUCAAACAGGCUGCAGGCGCAACCGAGUACUGGCAAGCCUUUGACAUUGUCGGCACGUUUGGUCUCGUCAACGCUGCUGUCUCGAUGGACGAGCACCCCAUGUACGUUUAUGCUGUCGACGGUGGCUACAUCCAGCCGCAGUUGGUCCAGGCCAUCUCCGUCAGCAACGCCGACCGCUACUCGGUCCUGGUCAAGGUCGACAGGCCCGGCGACUACACCCUCCGCGUCGCCUCCAACUCCGUCAUCCAGAUGAUGAGCGUGACUGCCACUGUCCGCAUCCUAGGAGCCAACUCCGCCGAGACGGCCGACGGCUCAGACAAUUUCAUCACCCCCACGAGCGCCAACGCCACUAGCGCCAGCGGCAGCUCCCCCGCCCCCUCCAACGUCCGCCGCCAGCUGCCCGGCGCCAGCUCGACGCCCUACAUCAACGACGUCGGACAGGGCACAAGCCAGAGCGUCACCUUUUUCAGCCAGAACAACCAGCGCCAGUACCCGGCCGACCCCCCGGGACAGACGGUCGCCCAGACCUUCAAGAUGCAGCUCCGCCACGACGGCAGCGCCUACAAGUGGGCGCUCAACGACACCAUCUACCCCCUCAACGCCGACGAUGCCUACCCGGUGCUGUUCAAGCCCCCGGUCAACCGCCAGGACGGCACCACCAUCACGACGAGGAACAACACCUGGGUCGACUUCAUCUUCGAGUCGUCCACCUUCCCGACUCCCCCGCACCCCGUCCACAAGCACGGCACGCACAUGUACCUCAUCGGCUCCGGCCAGGGCAACUUCACCUGGAACACGGUCGCCGAGGCCGCGCGUGCCAACCCGGGCCGCUUCAACCUGCAGAACCCGCCCAAGCGCGACUCGUUCCAGAGCGUGCCCGCCGUCGUGCAGCCCAGCUGGAUCGCCGUCCGCUACUUCUCCUCCGACCCGGGCCCCUGGCUGAUGCACUGCCAUAUCCAGACCCAUCUCGAGGGUGGCAUGGCCAUGGCGAUCAUCGAGGGCCCUGAGGUAUGGCCGGCGACGCCGGAGACUUACCUGAACUACGAUCAAUAG